GGAAGUAUCUGCAGCAGGAAGAGGAAAAACCAGAAGAGCCCCAAAUAAAUCUGCUAGUGAAAAGCAUGUGUGCUGCUUCUUGUAAGCAAAGUUGGAGUAACAUCAGACUGCGGUAGGAGAUCCACACAGGAGGAAGACUUGCAGGAUGAUUGUGAAAAAAGCAUUAAAAACAUCCCUGAUGUUUAAUGAGUCUUCCAACAUGAAAUUAAGUGUGAACAAUCAAAAAGACUUCAAAACGUUUCAAAUCUUAGGGGCAAUUUUGAUACUUGGUCUUGUUGUCUUGGCUGUUUACUUCAUGGAAGUGGAAAGCACAGUUGAUCCUAGCAGAGAAAAAGCAGUUGUCAACACUUACAAAGAGAUGGAGGAGGAAGAAGAACUCUAUGGAGAUCUCCCAGGAGCCACAGUAAUUGAGGAGGACACCAAUGGAUCAAAUGACUCCUGCAGCUUUGAACUGGUGGAAAAUGUUCCUUAUGACUUAGCUUUUGAGAUAAACAGCACUGCAGCCAAACCCCUGUACAAAGCCUGGAUGAGACUCCUUGAUAUAGCCCAGGAAAAAAUUUACGUGGCUUCUUACUAUUGGUCUCUUGCUGGGAAGGAUAUCAACGUCAAUGACUCAUCUUCCAAGCAGGGUGAAGAUAUUCUGAAGAGGUUUGAGAGACUACUUGCAGAGAAUGUCUCUGUGUAUGUUGCAGCAAGUAUUCCAACUCUGGCAACUAAUUCAACUGACCUUGAGCUUUUAGAGGAAAAAGGGGCUUAUGUAAAGAAGGUUGAUUUUGGACAUUUGGCAGGAGGAGUGUUGCACAGUAAAUUCUGGAUUAUAGACAUGAAACACAUAUACAUUGGUAGUGCAAAUAUGGACUGGAGAUCUUUAUCUCAGGUGAAAGAAUUUGGUGCUGUGAUAUACAACUGCAGCUGCUUGGCCAAAGACCUCUGGAAAACAUUUAGUACUUACUGGGAUCUUGGACUUCCUAAUGCUACAGUCCCAUUCCCUUGGCCUCUUAAUUAUUCUACCCACAUUAACAUGCAUCAGCCUCUGGAAGUAGAAUUCAAUGGAAUCUUGACAAAAGCCUAUUUUUCUGCUUCCCCUCCAGCAUUUUGUCCAGAAGGUCGUACCAAUGACCUCUUUGCUAUAACCAGUAUUAUCAGUGAGGCACAGAAAUUUGUCUAUGUUUCUGUUAUGGAAUAUUUCCCUACCAGCCGUUUCAUUCACCCAGAAAGAUAUUGGCCAGCAAUUGACAACACUCUGAGACGUGCAGCUUUCGAAUACAGAGUACAAAUUCGGCUUCUGGUCAGCUGCUGGACCCACUCUGACCCAGCCAUGCUCUACUAUUUGAGGUCCCUGCGUGCUCUCAACAAUCCACAUGCCCACAUCAGUGUCAGCGUGAAACUCUUCAUUGUUCCAGUUAUGAAUCACACAAAUAUUCCUCAUGGGAGAGUGAAUCAUAACAAAUAUAUGGUCACCGAUAAAGUAGCCUAUAUUGGGACUUCGAAUUGGUCAGAAGAUUACUUCAUUAACACUGCUGGUGUGGGGCUAAUUAUCAAACAGAAUUCAACCAACGUGCAGAGAAGGCAACUGCCUAUCCAGGAACAAUUAAAACAUCUUUUUGAGCGAGACUGGAAUUCCAAAUACGCAGUGAAUCUGGAAGAUGUGCAGGGACAGAAAGACUGUAACUGGAGAGGCAGGCCCUGAAGUGAAUUGAAAUACAAAUUUAAACUAAAACAAA